AUUUUUUAUGAAAAUUCUUUUUCUUGUAAACAACAAAUUAAUUUAUUUAUUUUUGCAAUCUUUAACUUGCUUUUUGAAAAAAAUGCAACAAAACAAAUGUAAACAUUUUUAAAAUCACAAUAAAAAAAAUGCUACGCAUAAAGCUAUGACUAAAAAGCCAUCUGAAAAGAAUAAAGCUUGGGAAAAAGACAGACGAGACCGUCUUAACAAAUCUUUCGAUGAGCUAGCAAAGCUAUUACCGAAAUUCGACAAGUCAAUUGUUUGGAGUAAAAUCGAAAUCAUCCAAAAGGCAAUCACAUUUAUUGCCGAUUUACAUAAACGUCUGGAAGAUUACCUCACAGCAAAAGAUCCCGAGUUGCUCAAAGAAUAUAAAGAAUUUGUAAAUUGUUUACGAUUCUAUCAGGAACGCAAUGCACAGUUGACGGAGUUGUUAAAGAAGUCAAAGGUCACAUUGCCACCACCACCGGUUGCAUUGCCACAAUUACUUGUCAAUAAACCAGAACUAUUGCCAAAUCAAGAAAAUGUCGAGGUUGCUCAGUUACCAAAGCCCAAAAGGCAAAGGAAUCGAACGAAAAAAGUUAUCCCAGAUUCUGCUGCUGCCAAGAAAUCUGACGAAGUCAAGGAGAAAAAAGAGACACCCGCUGAAGAUAGUCCAGAAAAAGUUGUAGUUGAGAACAAACCAGUAAAACCUGAAGUGAUAACAAAACCUACAGCAAUUAUCACUGCAUUUGGCCGAGAAACUCUUAACGAUGCAUCAAAAACUCCAACUCCUGCUCAACUUCCACCCUCAGUGCCUGCAAAACCUCUCCUAUUGCGCAUACGUAAACUUCGUAAAAACCACCAACGACUGAAACUAAUUGCAAGACCAAUGUUCCGCAAAUGUUAUCCACAUCCAAGUCGAAUGCUUAAAUGGAAUUUCGAUAUUGUUUCAAAUAGAAAAUUGCCCACAAAGCAACGAAGUCGACGUCAAAAGGCUGCAAAAAGAAUGCUCCACCAGCAAAAAGAAAAACCAACAAAACAACUCAAAGUUGAAUUCAAUUCAGAACCAUUAAGAGAGCAAUCAGUUUCUCCUACAGCGGCAUUUCUUUUAUCCUUUCCUGUAGUCACAUCAUCAAUGUUGGGUGGGAAAAAUGUUGAAAAUACAGAUAGUUCUGUAAACUUGGAGAAUCUUAAUAAUUUCUUCACUACCGAAGAAUACAGUAAAUUCUGUGAUCAAAAUACUGUUGUAGGUGAGAAAAUUCUAUCACCACUUCCAGUUGGAAAUGAAGACAACAAACCAUUGGUUACUGAAAAACCAAUGACUGUUUUUACUGUUUCUGCAAUAACACGUCCAUCUGCACCAAAAAAGAUUCCUGAAAUUAAUGGAAGUCGGGUAACUGGGAUUCCAACUACGCCAGGUUUUGAUAGUUGCUUCAGUUUCAAUAGCGGAAAUCCAAUGAUUGGUUCAACGAGUAUGUGUGGCUCAUCAAAUAGUCAACAGGUCACAUCAAAACAAUAUGUGGCUCCGAAUCCAGCUCCCAUAGCAGCUUUUCCAACUUCAGUAACUUCUCUAGCCAACAAGUUACCUAUCAAGCAAGAACAAAUCCAUAUUCCACCUGGUCCAGUACCAAGCACAUCUAGUUCAUCGGAAAAAUUCUUCCCCAGAUACAAUCAUUCGACUUUAAACUCUCUUAGAAAUGCAUUGCAAACACCAUCGAAAGUUUUAAAUCCAUCUCAGUCUAACACUGCCCAAAAAGUACCAUCCGGACAGGGUAUUUUACCUACAAAAACAAAUUGGUCAGUCAAAUCAGAAACACCAAGAGGUAAAUCCAUAACGAACCAAACCAAAUCUUUAAUACAAUCAUCCUUAUCAAAUCUCAACAAUUCGAAAAAUUCUCCUGCAACUAAACCAACCAACAAAAUGCCCUUUUCAUCUCCAACAAAAAAUUUCUUUUACGAUUUUCCAACGCAAAACAGAAAUGCAUCGUCUUCUCUGUCGGCAGAUCCUUUGAUAUCUGCAUCGACGGCACCAGUCAAAUCAAAUAAUUCCGUUAAAACGGAAUUUCCCUGGAUUCCACCAAACACAUCGAUAUCAAAUGCAUGCAACCAAAACAAUACCCUCUUUACUCCAUUCGAUCUGGCAACCAUAGUCUGUGAUUCAUUAACAUCGACAAGUUUUACAUUUUCCUUGGCGACAUCAAAAUCUUCCGAACCCACUGUGGUCGAGGCAGGAAACAAGACGGGUUCCAACAAUAGAUGUAAUCAAAUGAAUCUAUUUCUUCCAUACGAAGAGGCACAAUAUACGCCAACCUUUUCACUACCGCAAACUCGAUCAACUGAAACCCAAAGAGAAUCCUCUUGGAAGUCCUUGGAGAAGCCCAAAGAUGCAGCUGCUGAUCAAAUUUUCUAUGAUUGCGAGCAAAGUAAACCUCAACAAAAGUCACACGUUAACUGGAUGACAUCACCAACAACUGAUUAUACUCCAACGCCAACUACAGCACUUCCUUUGCCUCCGAUGGAUUUUGGAAACCAAUUUACAGGUAGUUCAACAAAUUUUGAUCUCAGUUUUGGCUGCAGGAAGGAUUCAUAUGACGAUGACAAUCAGUUUAUCAAUUGGUCACCGACAAAGCCGUUAAACGCAGAUUUUUCUACGGCAUACAGUUUUGAGAAUUUUGGUUCAAACGAAGCGCCACCCAACAAAACAGUAAAACAGAUAUUUUCUGUUAGUCAAUUGGUUGAUCAAACACCUUCUCAAGAUAUUGUUUCUCCUCUAAAGAAGGCAAUGCCAAAGGUUUCUGGAGAAAAAUCAACGACGACGGUGAAACAAACUUUCUCUAAUAUCUACUCUGCCGAAUCGCUUAUAGCAAAGAAGGACAAUAGUCGUUUCUAUAAUCCAGCCGAGUCUGCAACAAACACUCAAACAGAUUACCAUAAUUCAAAUAGUUACUUCUUUGGCUAUCCCAAUACUCAGAAUUGUUCUGAGAAUGAUUACUUAGGUGCAGGUGGAUAUUCUUCAUCACAACAAAUGGUUAAAUCGAAUUCAAUACAUCCACCAGUAGCUACAGGAGUAGGAGCAGUGGGAGUUAAUUCGUCAUUUGACUCUACAGCAACAACAACCAACUAUUUCUCCCACACAAUCUCAUCGAACAACAAUGAUCCCUAUGAUCCAACUUAUUUCCCCAGUAGUAACUACAAUCAAAGUUGGAAUCAUCCAACAAGUCAUACAGUUGGCAGCAAAGCUAGCGCUGCUACUACCUCUUCAUUGAAUAUUUUCAAUCAAAGUCAAUUUGGGACAUUACAAGAAACAUCAUCAUCAUGUCAACAAAAUUCAAAUGUAUCUGGAAAUCUAACUAAUUUCAAUUUGAGUUCAAUAUGCCCGGAGAUUGAUGGAAAAGAUGGAUCCAAUGAGUGGUAGAAUUGAAAGUUUGUAGAAAUUAAGAAAAAAAACAAAAUUGUAAUUAUGUAUAUUUUUUAAAUAUUUAAUAAAAUUAUUAUUAAACA